AUGGCUACAUCUUGGAGUUCAGAUAAAAAACACACAGACGUGAAAAGGUGGAUAUGCAUAUACCCUGCUUACAUAAAUAGUAAGAAAACAUUAGCGGAAGGACGUCGAUUGCCUAAGUCAGUGUGUGUUGAAAAUCCUACAUAUCAAGAGAUGAGAGACGUUUUGCUUCCAUCAGGGUUACAUAUCGGUGUGGAAGAUAAGUUAUAUCCACGAGAACGUAGCAAAGAAAUGUUGUACAGAGGUAGACUGCGGGUAGAAAUAAAGAACGAUGAUGGCAGUCCAAUUAAGCCUGAGUUUGUUACUAGAGAGGAUGUGAUGAAACACCUUGCAGAGUCUAUACCCAAACUCAAAACCAGGCAAAAUAGACCCGCUGAACAGCAACCCCAACCAACACAGCAAGCUGCCAGCAAGAGUAAAGGAAAGAAAGGUCGUCGAUAG